AUGAGUCCAGUCGAUCGCCCCUCGCUCUCACUAUGGGCACGGGACGUAGUCGGCGACCUCAAGUCUGCGCCGGAUACAUUCUCGAGUUGGGACAAGUGCAUGGCAAAAACUUAUUGCAAAUGGCCCGUCAUCGUUGGUAUCAUUAUCGGCGCAGUCAUCAUCAUCUCUGUGAUUGCGUGCGUGAUUAAUUGUCUAUGCUGCGGUAUCCAGUGUUGCACGGGCUGUUGCCGGUGCUGCUCGUGUUGCUGCCCGUCCCCUCGCAACAAAGCUCCAAGAGCGAAGUAUCUUGAUGACCCGGGCUAUCAUCAGCCGCCUCCGAUGCCGGCAAACGAUGGUUAUCGUGCUCCUCCAGGUCCUCCGGUUUACCGUGGAGCCCAGGUUGCGCGGUUUGAGUCGCCAACCAGCCCUGCACCUGCCAAGGUGAAUGAGGAUGCGCUGCCUGCGAUGCCGAGUUGGAAUGAUGCUGUCACCAGAAGAGUGGAGGAUAACAGUCAUCAGGAUACGAUGGAGAUGGAGCCCUUGAAUCCCGCGCACCAGGACUAUCAGCGAGUGCAGUCACCUGGGAGGUUCAAUAGCCCUGGGCAAAUGGGCGUCCCUCCCAUUAGAACGCAGACUUCUUCUCCCGGCUAUUUUCACGCGUCUUCGCCCUACGAUGACGAGCGCCAGUAUAACCAUGAUUCCUCUGGGCCCUAUAAUCAGGGCACAAUCUCCCCUUAUGAUCGCUCAUAUCAUGACUAUUCUCCACAGAGCUUUUCGCAACCUAUGCCCAGAAACCCGGCUCCUUACAGCUCGCAAACGCAGUACUCAAACAUGCCUACAGCACUGUCACCUUCCGCUGAGAUGCCCCGUCAUCUGCCCUACCGCCAACCCUCCCCAGGCAUGUCAAGCAUGCCGCCAUCAUACAGAGGAAUGUCCCCGAACCCUCCUACAUCUCCACCUCCACCAUUCUCGGCGACGAAUCCUGUUCCUCUCGAAGUGAGCGACCCGGGCCGGCCCCCGAGUAUCCUACAAAGCGGGCGAAAGCCCGCACCUAACUCAUAUCGGGAUGUUUAG